CGAAAUCCAAUUUAGGUCAAUGCAGCUCAUAUGUAGAUGAUCUACUCACGGCUUAUCAGCCGAUGCUUAACCUUUGCGUUUGAUAACUCGUUUAUAAACUGUUGAAAACCGACUACACCCAAAACUCAAGCAGGUUGUCUGGAUAUAGUCCACACCGGGAGACGACAGUGAGACGAUGUCUUGUCAUCGGUUCUUGGGACGCUGUCUGGGGUUUUUAGUGCUUCUUUCUCACACCACAGGACUCGGGAAAGCACAGAGUGACAAUUCAACGACAUCGGCGACAUCCAGCCAUGCCUAUUUUACUAUCGACACUUCAAUGACGACAACCCUGAGAGGGGUUGCCACGGAAAUAACUCCUACUUCUUCACCUUCACUUACAAAGGCAUCGCCAAGCCCUAGCGAGACUUCUGCUGACUCCACAAGCACGCUUAUGACAGAAGCUACAAUUUUCACGUCUUCUCCAGCGGCUACUGAGUCAUCAGCUUCCAAUAUCCAAGCAACCAGCGAUGCGUCGCGUGAUGGAGUGACGAUGAGUUCAUUUCAAUCACACACGACUGUCUCAGAGUCUUCUACGUAUUCGCUGGAACCAACAGUGUUAGCUUCAGCGUCAGAUUCAUCAUCAAUAAUAUCACACUCCUCGACAGCCCCAAAUUUUCCUGACAGUUCAACAACCGACAACCACACGACAGAGUUGGAUUCAUCAAGUAUGUCAACUGAUGCAGCGUGGGCUUCAACGAUAGAGGGAACAAUCAGUUCUACUGCCAUCCUGACGUCUAGCGAUGUUGUGAGCUCAUUUUCGUCGCAAGUGGGAAGUUCCACAAUGGCUUCAACUAGGAACGUGGAGUCGGCUGCAUCGACUUCACCAACCACAUCGAGUGGCUUUUUCACCUCUACGGCAACCGACCUGUCAUCAUCCGUCUCGGUACCGACGACAUCGUCAUCGACACUGCAUUCAACUGGCGUGACGGGUACAGCUGAUGCAAUCAGAACCACAGAAGAAACGACUGCAACAAACAGUUCCCAGGUAUUCCAUUCCACCGUAACCACAACGAUGAAAAACAUGGUAACGUCAAUACGAACCACCGACGGAGCGACAGCAACACAUCCCGGAGAAAAGAAUUUCUUCGAGCACCUGCUUGAAGGAGUUCGGAGCGGAGACGCCUCCUCUAUUGGAAUUCUGCUCGGGUUUGUGCUGGGAGUGAUCCUCAUCAUCGUGCUGAUAGCAGUGACAGUGUGUGUAAUAAGAAGAAAGAAAAGACAGCAGCAAGACGGUUUUUUCAUGGACGACGAGGGGUUUUCAUGGCACAAUCGUUCUAUUAAGUUCCACCGGGAGGAGAUGCCGAAAUACGUAUACCCAGACUUUUUGAGCACAGGUUUUGAACUGAAAGAAGCAGACAUAGUUGAUCUUGAAACCUUUGACAGCGGGACAAAACAAAUCAGGUCGGAUAGCAACAACAGCAAUAGUGACAGUUCUUCAAAAAGUCUCUCACUGCCGGCGAACUUUUUAAAGGCCCCACGACGAAUGUCUGGCAAUGUCUGUCACCACGCUGAUGGCUCCGUCGGCAGCAGAAACAGUGUCCGGGCUAGUACUGCGAUAAAAAACUUAAGAGACAUGAAAGAUGGCGUUUCUAUUUCUUCUUCAUCUAAGAUAAGAAAUGGGUGUAGAGAACCAAAGUUACCUGGUCCACACGAGACCAGAAUACGAAGAAAUUCGGACUCGGACGGUUCGGAGACCGAUAGAUCAAGUAUUGGAAGUGAUCGGUCCCAUGAAAAGGGCAUAGUGAACGGUGGGUUCCAACACGAUGAACGGAGUAAUGAAUGAAGGGAAACCCUGUUACAAUGGACCUUAGAACGAUCCGUUGGUGCUAGUAAAGAAUGCGGAAAAAGGAAGACUAGGAGGCUAAAUAAUUCAAAUCAUAAUGCAAGAAUGGUCAGAUUUGAAACUGAAAGUGCGGAAAAUACAAAACACUUUUAAUUUUGAAAAUUUUGUAACGUGCUAUAUUUAUAUUUAUUUUGUUUUCAUAUUUAAACUUCGUCGUUUAAGGUGCCAAUUCCAUGUAUAAUUUUCCGAUAGAGGAAUCGGAUAAAGAUCAUUCCAGUCAUAUAUCAUUUGAGUAUUUUAUCAUACGUACAUCAGAGGAUGUUGAAUUGUCAGAGGAUGUUAAUUUGUCAGGUACCGUUACAGAGGAAUUGCAAUUAGGGCUUGAACGCAACGGUGGUCAUUAUUCAUUUUGUGAAUGACGCGAAGGAAAUUUGCCUAUCGUGACAUGGAACAAUUUCUUGAGUCGGAACCUUUAUCGGACGUCAGUUCUGGUAAAGAGAUUACGUGAAUAUCUGAGGAAAGAUUUGAUCUGGCAGACACGGCCACUUUAGAUCGAGAUAUUCGCCGUGUUAUUUAAACAAGAAUCACUGACAGUUAUGUGAAAUAAUGGCGGAAAUCCCUUUGUUGAAACUAUUCUACGUCAAAUGGUUACAAUUGGAACAUUAUUAUCUGACCAGUUGUUUUACAAGAUAGAAGUUAAAUUCGAAAGAUUGUCAUCAGUGAUUUGUUACAAGGCCGAAAUUUGCCAACAUU